CUUGAGGGUAGUUUCAUAGUUAGAAAGAAAUAAACCUUAAAAAGGCUCGUAAUUGGACCUUCUGAAGAAAUCAGAAAAUCAGAGACUACUAGUGGCGGCUUUCUUUAUAAUCUGCAUUCUCUUCUUUAUCUUCAUUUCAUCUCAUCUACAACCGAGCCUCGAGCUAGUUCUGUUAGUGGGAACAUCAAUUGAUGAGAUUAGGUCUCAAUGACAAGUUUGUCAGGGAAAGCAGCCUUAGCAAAUGGGUCUAUCUAUGUUUGUAAUUUGCCUCAGGGGACUGACGAAAGCAUGCUGGCUGAAUAUUUUGGCACCAUUGGGUUGCUGAAGAAAGACAAGCGAACCGGUCGACCAAAGAUAUGGUUAUACCGAGAUAAAGCAACAAAUGAACCAAAGGGAGAUGCUACUGUUACAUAUGAGGAUCCACAUGCUGCAUCGGCUGCUGUUGAAUGGUUCAACAACAAGGUUUUUCAUGGCAAUAUAAUCGGAGUUUUUAUUGCAGAGUCUAAGAGCAAAGAUGAAAAUGCCUAUAACUCGGCUCCAAAUCCAACUGUUGGUGAGAGUUAUGGUGGAUUAGAGGAAAAUUGUAGGGAUGUAAAUGGGAUUGCUGGACGAGGUAGAGGUCGUGGUGAUGCUUCAGGGAAAGCAUGGCAACAAGAGGGAGACUGGACGUGUCCGAAUACAAGUUGUUGCAACGUAAAUUUUGCAUUUCGUGGUGUGUGCAAUCGUUGUGGAACUGCUCGACCUGCUGGGGUAUCUGGUGGUGGCACAAGAACUGGUGGUCAUGGGAGAGGUCACGGUGGCAUUGAGUCAGGGAGCCAUGGCCGGCAAAUUGGUGCUUCUACAGGACUUUUUGGGCCAAAUGAUUGGCCUUGCCCUAUGUGUGGUAAUAUCAACUGGGCAAAGCGAACAAAAUGUAAUAUUUGUAACACCAAUAAACCUGGUCACAAUCAGGGUGGUGUGAGAGGAGGUCGUGCUGGUGGUUACAAAGAACUUGAUGAAGAAGAAUUGGAGGAAACCAAGCGACGUCGGCAGGAGGCUGAAGAAGAUGAUGGUGAAUUGUAUGAUGAGUUUGGCAAUCUCAAGAAAAAGUUCCGUGCUAAAACACAACAAGCUGAAGCUGGUCGGGUGCUUCCAGGUGCUGGACGUGCUGGAUGGGAUGUUGAGGAACUAGGUGUUAUUGAUAGGGAUGGGAGAGAGAGAAGCAGAGAUAGGGGAAGAGGAAGGGAAGGGGAAAGGGAAAGGGAAAGGGAAAGGGAAAGGGAAAGGGAUGAUAGGCAAAGCAGCAAGAAUAUGGACCGUGAUGGUAGGGAGAGGCGUCGAAGUCGAAGCAGAGAGAGGGAUCGAGGUCAAGAUAGAGAUCGGGAUUAUGAUCAUGAUCGAGACAGAGAAUAUGGACGAGACAGGGACCGUGAUCGGGAUCGAAGCAGGUAUCGAUAUUGAGGUUGAAAAGAAUACCUGGGGGUUGUGUAGUCUUGUCUUUUUGGAUAGGAGUGGUAAAAUUUCAUCUCUGGGAAAGACAGCAUAAGAACUUUACAUUUGAGAUAAGCAUGUUGAAUUCUGGGAUUAUAUUUUUUAAAAUUGUGAUCUGCAGUCUGCACUAUAUUUUAAAUUUUCUUGGAACUUUGUAUUGCUUGGAUCAAUUGGGAAGGUCAGAACAUGAAAUGGAACAAUUCUAACUUAUUUAUAGUUACCUCUUUUAAUUUUUGACUAUUCAA